CUAAACUAAACCCUACCGACUGUUGCUUUCCCCAAAGCCGCCGAAAUGUCGUCGGAGCCGCCUCCACCUGCAUCCGCCCCAGCCGCCGCCGCCGCCGCCGCCGCCACCACGGAGGGGCUCGAGGCCGACCUCUCCGCCGCCACGAUCAGCAAGAAGCAGCAGAAGAAGGACGCGCGCAAGGCCGAGAAGGCCGAGAAGGCGGCGGCGUCGCAGCGCCAGACGCAGCAGCAGCAGCAGCCCCAGGCGGAAGCCGAUGACCCAUUCGCGGCCAACUACGGCGACGUCCCCGUCGAGGAGAUCCAGUCCAAGGCCAUCUCCGGCCGCGUGUGGACCGACAUCGGCGACCUCGGCGAGGCCGACGCGGGCCGCUCCGUGCUCAUCCGCGGCGCCGCGCAGGCGAUGCGCCCCGUCAGCAAGAAGAUGGCCUUCCUCGUGAUGCGCCAGAGCAUGAGCACCGUGCAGUGCGUGCUCGUCGCCACCGCCGAAGCCGGCGUCAGCACGCAGAUGGUGCGCUUCGCCACCUCCCUCAGCAAGGAGAGCAUCGUCGACGUCGAGGGCGUCGUCUCCGUCCCCAAGGAGCCCCUCAAGGCCACCACACAGCAGGUUGAAAUUCAGGUUAGGAAGGUCUAUUGCAUCAACAGGGCGAUCCCCACGCUCCCUAUAAACCUUGAGGAUGCAGCGCGCAGCGAGGCAGAAUUUGAGAAGGCCGAACAAGCUGGAGAGAAGCUUGUCCGUGUUCUCCAGGACACACGCUUGAACUAUCGAGCCAUCGAUCUGCGGACACCCGCGAAUCAAGCAAUCUUCCGCAUUCAGUGUCAAGUUGAGAACAAAUUCAGAGAAUUCUUGUCUUCGAAGCAAUUUAUUGGUAUCCACAGCCCAAAGUUGAUUGGUGGGUCCAGUGAAGGUGGUGCCGCUGUAUUCAAACUACAGUACAAUGGCCAGCCUGCUUGCUUGGCACAAUCUCCUCAGUUAUACAAGCAGAUGAGUAUUUGUGGUGGGUUUGGGCGGGUGUUUGAGGUCGGUCCUGUAUUCAGAGCAGAAAAUUCAAACACUCACAGACAUCUGUGUGAGUUUAUUGGCUUGGAUGCAGAGAUGGAGAUUAAGGAGCACUACUUUGAGGUUUGUGAUAUUAUCGAUGGCUUAUUUGUAGCAAUUUUCAAGCACUUGAAUGAAAAUUGCCAAAAGGAACUUGAGACAAUCAAUAGGCAGUAUCCGUUUGAACCUCUGAAGUACCUAGAAAAAACCUUGAAGCUGACCUAUGCAGAAGGGAUUCAAAUGCUGAAGGAUGCUGGAACAGAAAUCGAUCCUAUGGGUGACCUCAACACUGAAUCCGAGAAAAAACUUGGCCGGCUUGUUAAGGAGAAGUAUGGCACAGAGUUUUUCAUCCUCUAUCGAUAUCCUUUGGCUGUACGCCCCUUCUACACCAUGCCAUGUUAUGACGACCCAUCGUACAGCAACUCUUUUGAUGUCUUUAUUCGAGGUGAGGAAAUUAUCUCUGGAGCACAAAGAGUACACACCCCUGAGCUGCUGAGAAAACGUGCAAUUGAGUGUGGAAUUGAUGCAAGUACAAUAGCUUCAUAUAUUGAAUCAUUCAGGUAUGUUGUCUCAUUUUACUAUAUAUGUAUGCAUUGGACUGCUUGUAUAUGCUACUUCUCUUUGGUACUCAUGGUGGUUGACAAUUACAGUUAUGGUGCACCUCCUCAUGGUGGUUUCGGGGUCGGCUUGGAGAGAGUGGUGAUGCUGUUCUGCGCGCUCAACAACAUCAGGAAGACAUCGCUGUUCCCUCGCGACCCACAGAGACUCGCCCCAUAGAUCUUUCGCUGGUCGACAUCUUACCAUCGUUCUUCACCAACCUGCUAGCCAAGUACAGAAACAAGCUACACUGAAGACAGCAGCGUGGUUUGUUACUGGACAUAAUGGCGCUGCCAAUGGGUACCAACUUCAAUGUGUAUUGGAGCUUCUGUUACACUCUCAAAGCUACUUGUAUUGACACCGACUCAUGUGCGCUGGUCUGGAACUCUGGACUAAGAGUUUCUGUAGCAAGGUGUUUUCGGUUGUUCUGGCAUACUAGACUAGACAAUACUACACGUGGUUUUAUGGUGUUAUCGUUACCAAACGUGAGUUAUGAGUGAAU